AUGAAGGUGUAUAUUUCUUUAUUGAUGCUUGUUUUAGCAUUAUUUGUCCCACUUAAUAAAGCGGUAUUAAACGAUGUUCACGAUGCUAUUGGAUGGUCAAAUGUGGAUUUGAAAAAUUUCCAAUAUUUUAAAAACUUGCCAUCGCAAGACCCAAAAAGAGCAGCACAAGCCAAUCUCUUCUUGGAACAUUUUCAAAAGAAAAAAGCAGUUUUAGAUUAUUUCGAAAAUUUAUUUUUGGGCAAUUCACCAUUCACACAAGAGAGUGAAAUUCCAUUUAAUCCUCACUUUGGUCGAGCGUGGCGUCCUUAUUAUGUACGAAAGUUUGGUUGGAAAGGAGAACGAUUAAUCGAUGCUUUGGGCAAAGGGUACCCCAUUAAACAAUUGAAGCAUUUUGGAGCUAUACCUAAGGACUACGGUUCCAAGUAUUAUCCUAGCUAAUUAUUUCAUAUACCAUUUAGUCAUCACAUAUUUAUAAAUAUUUAAAAUAAACUAUUUAUUAAACGAAACAAAA